UUUUUUUUUUUUUAAAAACAGUUGUGCUCGCUCGUUCUUGCAAUUCAUUUUUGGAUUGUUAAUUCUAAUAUAUUUAUCAUUCUUGAAAUUGGUUUCAAGAAAAAGAUUUAUCAUUCUUGAAAUCAAGAACUUAGAAUCCAAGAACCCGUGAGGAAGUAGUUCAAAUUUAAACUCAGUGAAGAGAAGACGACAAAGAACAGAGAUACAAAGCUUUGCCUUGUCAUCUUGUCUCAGAAGAGAGAAUCUGAAAACACGUUUUGAGUUACUGAGAGAGGGAGAGAUAGAGAGAGAUUGAGAAGAUGUUGGAAGGCAAAGCAAUGGUGGAAGAUUCAGAUAUGCCAGUGAAGAUGCAGAUGCAAGCUAUGGCUUUUGCUUCUCAAGCUCUCGAUCUUUUUGAUGUCUCUGACUGUAAAUCCAUUGCUGGCCACAUCAAGAAGGAGUUUGAUGAGAUAUAUGGGAGUGGAUGGCAAUGUGUGGUGGGAUCAAAUUUUGGGUGUUUCUUCACACAUUCUAUAGGGACUUUUAUCUAUUUUCAAUUGGAGACACUUAAGUUCCUCAUCUUUAAAGGCGCUUCUACUCCUUAAUUAAUUCAUUACACAAACCCCCUAAUAAAUCAUUGGGGAUGUAAAAGACUUAUGAAGAUCUUAGCUUUUGUUUGAAUUCUAAUAAGUCUGUAAAUAGACUCAAUUAAGAGUGGAUGUUGUUGAUUUCAUUCAUGUGGUGAGAUCUUUCAUUUUUCUUUUUACAUGUGUUUGCUUUUGUCAUCAAUAAAAGUGGUAAUGCCCAAAGAUUUGUCUA